AUGGAAGCAUUGCUGUAUGGCUUCUCAUUACUGAUGUUCAUCCUCACAUUGUGGCUUUUGACGCGAAACCGAGAGCGGAGACUACAGAACUAUGGCAUGAUUAUCACUGCUUGUUCUCUGCAGCUUCUCGCUACCGCAGAGCUCAUUGUUAACAUUGUCCGAGUCUGCCAGGGACUGCUGAACGUCGGACCUAACCUUCCCGAGGGACCACAGCAAUACUUUGACGACGUAACCCAGCCUACCUUCAUCACAAAAAUUAUAAUGUCCAACCUUCAAGCGAUCAUCCUUGAUGCUGUUGUCAUUUACCGCACAUAUGUUGUCUGGCAGAGUUUCUACGUUGUUGUUGUACCUAUCUUAGGCUGGUUUGCCCUACUAGCAUCAUGCAUUGAGGCGAAUAUAGCAAUAGCCAGCGCUGCAGGACACGCUGCGAAUGACAUCUACACCGCGCGAAUAGCUCGUUGGAUCACCACAGUCUAUUCAUUGACACUAGCUACGAACUUGUCAUCUUCCAGUCUACUUGCGUACCGUAUAUGGCGAGUGAAUCGCGAUGCAGCGAAAUAUCGAGCGAGCAGCCAGCUCACACCUGUCCUCCGAGCUGUCAUUGAAUCAGGAGCGAUAUACUCCGUUUCAAUAACCGUAGCUCUGGUCCUGUUUGUCAUCAACUCGAAUGGUAACUUUGUAUUGUUAGACAUGAUCUCACCAAUAAUUUCCAUCGUUUUUAACCUUCUCAUCAUUCAAGUGGGUUUAGCUUCCCAGAGACGUUUACCAGUUAUUGGAAGCACUCGGAGACAGACUGCAACACUGUCCGAACCACGAUUUCAUCCGAAUAUUGGAUGCGGCACGAAGCCCCUAGCGAUUGAGAUCACCCAGUUUUUCGAGACGGAUGUUGGCUCUCCAUCUUAUUUUGCCUCUGAUGGACAGACUGACGAACUCGAAGGACGAGAGGGAGACAUGCAUAGGAAAUGA